UUUAGUUACAAGGUCAUAUGCUCUAAUUACAACCGGAAUAUGGGAGUUUUCUCUGUUAUAAAAAGCGAGUCUUUACCUCAGUAGUUUAUAUCUGCUUAUUAUCAUCCAAUAUUCCAAUCAGAUUUAACGAGAAGCGCUACCUUCAAUCACCCACCAAACAAAAAGAAACCCGAGCCUUAGUCAGGAAGAACGUGUGCUUUUUCGGACAGUAGCGGUCUAAAAAAAAAUGUUAAAGAAAAAACAUGUUCUCCAAGUUUCUAAAAGCAGCCUUACGACAGUAAUAUUACAACGUAUCCGAUUAAAGGAAUGGCACUGUUUUUCUUUUCUUUUAAUAUGGAAGGAAUUAGCAUCAUUAAUGGUUGACAGAUGAACUUCAUUCAACCAAAAAUCCAAUUUUAUAUUUCCAAAAAAAAUCACUCAAAUGGUUCCAUUUUAGUCUAAUUAAAGCAAAUUUCUUCAGAGCAUAUUCGAUGAUGGCUUUUAGUUUUGCAUAGGACGACUGGAAAUAUUUGUCGUCGUUUUUUUCUCACCAACGUAUCUGGUCAUCAAUUAUUCAAUUAUAGUAUGAGCCACUGGAAAAGUUCAAAUCUUUUUUCCCUUGGGAACUCCUUUUUUGUACUUUACCAUACAUAGAAUUACUGUCUAUCCUCAUCAAGAGAUUCCAAAAAUCCGCAUUUUUAUUCUUUAAAUUUCCAUUAACAAGCAAUCAAGACUCAAGAUUAUUACUUAGUCAUUGCCCAUCAUUUUGGUAUAUAACGUUCAUCUGAAUCAAACCCAGGUCAAGAGAAGAUAGGAUCUUUUCUUUGUCCUGUAUAUCUAGCAGAGAAGGAAAAAAAAACCCACAAAGCAAAGUUUUUUUUUCUGAUUUUUCUGAAUAGAGAAAAUGGCGUUGAUGGAAGCGAUCCUUAAUGUUCCAGCACUUCCUUCUGCUGUUGCUGUGGGUGGUCCUGCGGUUGCUAUUGGUGGCCUUUCACUGUGGUUAAUCAAAGCAUAUGCAGAUGAUCAGAGGAGGAAAGCUUCUUCCAACCUUCCUCCAGUACCUGAAGUACCAGGGCUGCCAGUGAUAGGGAAUUUGCUGCAGUUGAAAGAGAAGAAGCCCCACAGGACUUUUACUAAAUGGGCUGAGACCUAUGGACCCAUUUAUUCCAUCAAAACUGGUGCCAACAAAAUGGUGGUCCUUAAUUCUAAUGAGGUUGUCAAGGAGGCUACUGUGACCAGAUACUCAUCCAUCUCAACUCGGAAGCUCUCAAAUGCGUUGAAAAUCCUCACUUCGGGUAAAAGUAUAGUUGCCAUGAGUGACUAUGAUGAGUUCUACAAGGUAGCAAAGAAAAUUUUGCUCACAAGUACUUUGGGAACUAAUGCACAGAAACGACAUCGUGUGCAUAGAGACUUACUUGUGGAGAAUAUCUGCAAAGAAUUUCACAGUUCUUGUCAGACGUCUCUUGAACCUGUAAAUUUCAGGGAUAUAUUCCUCUCAGAACUUUUCAGCCUCUCACUAAAAGAGACUCUUGGGAAAGAUGUGGAGUCAAUUUAUGUGGAGGAACUAGGAACCACAGUUUCAAGGGAGGAGCUACUUAAGAUCUUAGUGCAUGAUCAAAUGGAGGGUGCACUUGAGGUGGACUGGAGGGAUUUCUUCCCAUAUUUAAGAUGGAUUCCAAAUAAAAGCUUUGAGAAUAGAAUCCAGCUGAUGGAUAAACGGCGGACUGUAGCCAUGAAGGCUCUUAUUGAGGAUCACAAAAAGCAUUUUGAACCAGGACAGGAACUGAAGUGUUAUCUCGACUUCUUACUGACUGAAGGAAAGGAAUUUACAGAGAGACAAAUACUGAUGUUAUCAUGGGAAACUAUUAUUGAAUCAUCAGAUACUACUUUGGUUGUAACAGAAUGGGCUAUGUAUGAACUUGCUAAAAAUCCAGAGAAACAGGAGCGUCUGUAUCGUGACAUUCAAAACGUUUGUGGAGUAAACAAGAUUACUGAAGAGAAUCUGUGUCAACUUCCAUAUUUGGCUGCUAUAUUCCAUGAAACUUUAAGAUAUCACAGUCCAGUGCCUGUAGUUCCUCUAAGAUAUGUGCACGAAGACACUGAAUUAGGUGGAUAUCACAUUCCUGCUGGAACCGAGGUAUUAAUUCCCCAGGAUCUAUUUCUUUUUUUUUUUCCUUCUUUUGCUAGGGAUCUCAUACCUAGGUCAUGUACUUUUCUAUUUUAUGUACCUGUUCUAGAUUGCUCUAAACCUUUAUGGAUGCAACAUGGACAAAAGUGUUUGGGAGAACCCUAACGAAUGGAAGCCUGAGAGAUUCCUUGACGGACAAUCUGAUCAUAUGGAAUUGCACAAAACAGCAGCCUUUGGAGGGGGGAAGAGGGUGUGUGCAGGUGCUCUCCAGGCUAUGUUAAUCUCAUGUGUCUCGAUUGCUAGGUUAGUGCAGGAGUUUGAAUGGGGAUUAGCAGAAGGAGAAAAAGACAAUGUUGAUACCAUAGGGCUGACAAACCAGAAGCUUCGUCCUCUACGGGCAAUCAUUAAGCCAAGAACUUGAUUCGCAAAAGGAUAUACGCCAACUAUACCUCAGGAGUUGCUUCUUGUUAGAAUUAGUGAUUACAUGUGUCAUAGUAGUGUCGUGUGUGCUAUUGCUCUUUCUUACAAGAAGGGCAGAACUAUCGAGAAAAUACUUCUUUAUAUUCGCAUUAUUACUAUGAUAAGGAACCUGAACCAUAGACAACUUUUGCAUCACCCAGGCCUGAAUUGUGUCACUGACAUUAAGCUCAUAGAAAAUGGCAUGAGACACGAGGUACAUGACACUAAGCAGUUGCAUAAUGCACGUAGAAAGACAAUGUAUCUGUGUUACCUCUAAAUAUUUGAGUUAUGGCAGGGCUUUAUAGUACUUGGAAUGGACUUGAAGGAUCAAUGUUUUCUGUUAAGAUUUUUGUACUUGAGAAGAAACUUCAUCCACAGCGCAAAUGGUAGCUGAUGAAAUUUGGAAGGCCUGUCUAAAUAUAAUGCAACCGAAGCUGAUACUUUGAUUCUUCAGUCUCCAGCCCAUAAACCCCUCAUAGACUAAUGGGUUCGGCUCCUUGGUCUCAAAGAAUUCCCGCUUACUGCCUCAGUGGCCCAAAAUUUCAACCCCAAAAUUUUAACUAUGUGAUUAUUUUGCACGGAAAUGUAAAUGUUACAUCGUUGAAAUCCCAUUAUUUUGUCAAGUUAUUUUACAUUUUUACUCAUUGAAAUUCUAUAUUUCAGUAAAAAAAUUUGACAUUUCCGUAUGCAACCAAAACAAAGGGUGAAGCUCA